AUGGCUUCUCUCUUGUUAACAGUUUCUUUUCUCUUUGCAACAUUGUCUUCUAAAUAUCUUGUUGGUUUAUCACUAAAUCCAGUUGAUUCUUGCUGGCGAGGAAACCCUAAUUGGGCGUCUAGCCGUCAUGCCCUAGCCAACUGCGCGGUAGGGUUCGGGAAAGCCGCAAUAGGAGGCAAACACGGGCCGAUCUACGUGGUUACAAACCCGUCAGACGAUCCUAGGCACCCUAAACCCGAAUCCCUAAGAUAUGGGGCGAUCCAAUCUAAACCACUAUGGAUCACAUUCGCACGUGACAUGGUAAUAGUGUUGAAAUACGAGCUCCUCGUGAGCAGCUACAAGACGAUAGACGGGAGAGGAGCAAAAGUGGAAAUAACCAACGGGCCGUGCAUAACGUUAAAACGUGUGAGUCAUGUCAUUAUUCAUGGGAUAAGUUUCCAUGGUUGUAGAACCGGUUUGGUGAGAAGAGGGUCAUGGGAUGGUGACGCGAUACGCGUGUUUCAGUCUACACAUGUUUGGAUCGACCAUUGUUCCUUUGCUCGGUGUCAAGAUGGUUUGGUCGAUGUGAUUCAUUCUUCUACGGCUGUAACUAUCACUAACAGUCACUUCACACAUCACGAAAAAGUAAGUACGUAUAUGUAUAUAUUCGUUAUUAGAUUCCUUAUGAUUGAAUCGAUGAUCUUGUCAUUCCAUUCAUGA